AUGGAGAUUGGCAUAGCAGUUGGUGGUGCAUUUCUCUCUUCAGCUUUCAAUGUUCUCUUUGAUAGACUUGCUCCUCAGGGUGAUCUUCUCAACAUGUUUCAUAAGCAUAAGCAUCAUGUUCGGCUCUUAAAGAAGCUGAAAAUGACUUUACUUGGUCUUCAAGCUGUUCUAAGUGAUGCAGAGAAUAAGCAGGCAUCAAAUCAAUUCGUGAGCCAGUGGCUUGAUGAGCUUCGAGAUGCUGUCGACUCUGCUGAAAACUUAAUGGAACAAGUCAAUUAUGAAGCUCUGAGGCUUAAGGUGGAGGGUAAGCAUCAAGAUCUCGCAGAAACAAUCAACAAGCAAGUAAGUGACCUUAACCUGAGCUUGAGUGAUGAUUUCUUUCUUAACAUAAAGAACAAAUUGGAAGACAUCAUGGAAACAUUGGAGGAUUUGGAAAAGCAAAUUGGCCACCUUGGCUUAAAGGAGCAUUUUGGUUCGACUAAACAAGAAACAAGAAGACCUUCAACUUCAUUGGUUGAUGAUUCUGAUAUCUUUGGUAGGCAGAGCGAAACAGAGGAUUUGAUUGACCGUUUAUUGUCUGAAGAUGCAAGUGGGAAAAAUCUGACUGUAGUUCCUAUUGUUGGAAUGGGCGGCCUGGGUAAGACAACACUUGCUAAAGUGGUUUACCAUGACGAGAGGGUGAAGAACCAUUUUGGUUUGAAAGCUUGGUUUUGUGUUUCUCAGGGAUAUGAUGCUUUGAGAAUAACAACAGAGUUACUUCAAGAAAUUGGCUCAUUUGACUCAAAGGAUGUCCACAACAAUCUUAAUCAGCUUCAAGUCAAAUUGAAGGAAAGCUUCAAGGGAAAGAAGUUUCUUAUUGUUCUGGAUGAUGUGUGGAAUGACAACUACAACGAAUGGGAUGACUUGAGAAAUAUUUUUGUACAAGGAGAUGUAGGAAGUAAGAUCAUUGUGACGACACGCAAAGAGAGUGUUGCCUUGAUGAUGGGAAAUGAGCAAAUUAGCAUGGACAUUUUGUCUACUGAAGCCUCUUGGUUUUUAUUCAAAAGACAUGCAUUUGAAAACAUGGAUCCUAUGGGACAUCCGGAACUUGAAGAGGUCGGAAAACAAAUUGCAGCUAAGUGCAAAGGACUGCCCUUAGCUCUGAAGACGCUCGCUGGCAUGUUACGCUCCAAAUCAGAGGUUGAAGAGUGGAAACGUAUUUUGAGAAGUGAAAUAUGGGAGCUGCGAGACAAGGACAUAUUACCAGCGUUGAUGUUGAGCUAUAAUGAUCUUCCCGCACAUUUAAAGCGAUGUUUUUCCUUUUGUGCAAUAUUUCCAAAAGAUUAUCCAUUUAGGAAAGAACAAGUUAUUCAUCUGUGGAUUGCCAAUGGUCUUAUACUGAAGGAAGAUGAAAUAAUUCAAGAUUCAGGCAACCAAUACUUUCUGGAGUUGAGAUCAAAAUCAUUAUUAGAAAAGGUCCCAAAUCCUUCUAAAAGGAACAAAGAGGAAUUAUUCAUAAUGCAUGACCUUGUCAAUGAUUUAGCCCAAAUUGCAUCUUCAAAACUUUGUAUCAGGUUGGAAGAGAGCCAAGGAUCUGAUAUGUUGGAAAAAAGUCGGCACUUAUCUUAUUCAAUGGGAAAAGGUGGUGAGUUUGAGAAAUUGACACCCCUCUACAAAUUGGAGCAGCUGAGGACUUUGCUUCCGUCAUGUAUUGAUCCCGGCAGUAUGUACUUUCUAAGCAAGAGGGUGCUGCAUAACGUAUUGCCAAGACUAAUAUCCUUAAGGGCAUUAUCAUUGUCUUAUUACGGGAUUGUUGAGUUGCCAAAUGACUUGUUUAUCAAAUUAAAGCUCCUCAGAUUUUUGGACUUUUCUUGGACAGGGAUUAAGAAGUUGCCUGAUUCUGUUUGUGGAUUGUAUAACUUGGAGACACUUCUCCUGUCAUCUUGUUAUUACCUUGAGGAGCUACCGCUGCAGAUGGAGAAGUUGAUUAACUUGCGUCAUCUUGACAUAAGCAACACUUGGGGCUUGAAGAUGCCGCUACAUCUGAGCAAGUUGAAAAGCCUCCAAGUGCUAGUGGGAGCCAAGUUUCUUCUCGGUGGUUUGAGAAUGGAAGAUUUCGGUGAAGCACAUAACUUGUAUGGAUCUGUAUCAGUUGUAGAGUUGCAAAAUGUGGUUGAUAGAAGGGAAGCUGUGAAGGCAAAGAUGAGGGAGAAGAAUCAUGUUGACAAGUUAUCUUUGGAGUGGAGUGAAAGUAGUAGUGCCGACAAUUCACAAACAGAAAGAGACAUACUUGAUGAGCUACGUCCACAUAAAAACAUAAAAGAAGUUGUGAUCACGGGAUAUAGAGGGACGAAAUUUCCAAAUUGGCUAGCUGAUCCUUUGUUUCUUAAGCUGGUGAAAUUGUCUCUUAGAAACUGCACGAACUGUUAUUCCUUGCCAGCACUAGGAGAACUCCCUUGUUUGAAAUUCCUUUCGAUUAGAGGGAUGCAUGGAAUAACAGAGGUGAUGGAAGAAUUCUAUGGUAGUUUGUCCUCCAAAAAGCCUUUUAACUCUCUUGUGGAGCUUAAAUUUGCUGAUAUGCCGGAGUGGAAGCAAUGGCAUGUACUAGGAAGUGGAGAGUUUUCUACACUUGAGAAGCUUUUCAUUAUAGAUUGCCCUGAACUCAGUUUGGAGAUACCCAUCCAAUUUUCAAGUUUAAAAAGUUUUCAAGUUCGUGGUUGUCCUAAGGUUGGAGUUGUUUUUGAUGAUGCUCAACUAUUUACCUCCCAACUUGAGGGAAUGAAGCAGAUUGAGGAAUUAACUAUUAGGGAUUGUAACUGUGUUACCUCCUUUCCUUUUAGCAUACUGCCCACUACCUUGAAGAGAAUAACAAUAUCUGGUUGCCAGAAAUUGAAAUUGGAGGAGAUGAGUUAUUGUAACAUGUUUCUCGAGUUUUUGUCUGUAUCAGAUUGCCAGAACCUUACUAUGUUUUUGAUUCCUACUGUGACUGGAAGUCUCUAUAUUUUGAAUUGUAAGAAUGUUGAAAAACUAUCGGUGGCAUGUCGGGGGACCCAGAUGACGUUACUGAGUAUUUGGGAGUGUAGCAAGCUGAAGUGGCUGCCAGAACGUAUGCAGGAACUCCUUCCAUCUCUUAAUACACUUCAUCUUUCUUAUUGUCCAGAAAUAGAGUCCUUUCCUGAAGGAGGAUUGCCCUUCAAUUUACAACUCCUUACGAUCAGUAAUUGCAAGAAACUGGUGAACGGCCGAAAGGAGUGGUGUUUACAAACACUCCCCUGUCUCACAGAGUUAAGGAUCUAUCAUGAUGGCAGUGACGAAGAGAUUGUUGGUGGUGAGAAUUGGGAGUUGCCUUCCUCUAUUCAAAGACUUGAGGUAUCCAAUCUGAAAACAUUAAGCAUCCAACAUCUCAAAAGCCUUACCUCUCUUCAAUCUCUAGAUAUUGGGGGUAAUUUACCUCAAAUUCAGUCACUGCUGGAAGUAGGGCAUCCCUCCUCUCUUUCUCACCUCACUUUGCUUCGAAGUCUACAAAUCAGUAAUUUCCCUAAUCUCCAAUUACUCUCUGAAUCAGCACUGCCCUCCUCCCUCUCUGAGCUGAUCAUCUAUGGUUGCCGUAAUCUCCAAUCUCUUCCCAUAAAAGGGAUGCCCUCUUCCCUCUCUAAACUAUCUAUUUGCAAAUGCCCAUUGCUCAAACCACUACUAGAAUUUGACAAGGGGGAAUACUGGCCAAAUAUUGCUCAUAUCUCCACCAUAGAGAUCGAUGAGGAAUGCCUUCAAUGAUUAAAGCAAAUGGUGCUCUCACAAAUAGAACGUUGGAGAUUAUGAAGUUUCCUUCAAAUUAUGUCUAUUACUCAACCUUGAGUAACACCUCAGAGCUAGCGGAAAGUCAAGAAAGUAUAUCCUGCUUGGGAUGAAGUCAAGG